AUGCAGAUGACUAGAGAGAAGUAUGAUCAAAUAAUUCAAACAGCUAGUGGUUUGGGUCAAUCUGGACUUCGAGUGAUUGGAAUGGCUAGAGGUCCAGAUAUGCGUUCUCUUUAUUAUGCUGGACUUGUUGGAAUAUUGGAUCCUCCUAGACCUGGAUGUCGUCAAUCGAUAGAAAUUGUGCAAUCAGCAGGAGUUUCUGUUAAAAUGGUGACUGGCGAUGGGCUGGAAACUGCUACAAGCAUUGGUAUUCGUCUUGGACUUCACAAACAGAACGACAAUUGUCUUUCUGGUCCUCAAAUUGAUGAUUUAAAAGAUUCAGAAUUGGAACAACUUAUUCAAAGUGUUACAAUAUUUUAUAGAGCUUCUCCUAGACAUAAAUUACGAAUUGUUAAAGCCCUUCAAAAUAUUGGAGAAGUUGUGGCAAUGACUGGGGAUGGAGUAAAUGAUGCUGUUGCUCUUAAAAAAUCUGAUAUUGGAGUUGCUAUGGGAGAAUCAGGAACUGAUGUUUGUAAAGAAGCUGCUGAUAUGGUUUUAAUAAAUGAUGAUUUUAGUACAAUAAAAGCAGCAAUUGAAGAAGGAAAGGGAAUAUAUCACAAUAUUACAAAUUUUGUAAAAUUUCAAUUAAGCACAAGCGUCGCAGCAUUAUCACUCAUUGCAAUUUCAACAAUUUUUCAUUUUGAAAAUCCGCUUAAUGCAAUGCAGAUUCUUUGGAUUAAUAUAAUUAUGGAUGGACCUCCAGCCCAAAGCCUUGGUGUUGAAAACGUUGAUGCUGACAUAAUUAAACAGCCACCGCGUAAUGUGCGAGAGCCGUUAAUCAACCGAUCACUCAUUAUUAGCAUAAUAUCUUCUGCAGCAAUAAUUAUAUCUGGAACACUUUUUGUAUUUUAUAAAGAGAUGGCAGCAGAUAAUAAAAUAACUCCUCGUGAUACAACAAUGACAUUUACUUGUUUUGUUCUUUUUGAUAUGUGGAAUGCUUUGAGUUGUCGAAGUAGUCGAAAAAUGAUUUGGGAAAUUGGACUUUUUGGAAAUCGAAUGUUUUGCCUUGCAUUAGUUGGCUCUCUUUUAUGUCAAUUGGCGGUUAUUUACUUUAAACCUUUGCAACAUAUUUUUCAAACAGAAGCACUUACUAUUUUUGAUUUAUUAUUUCUUCUCCUUCUCUCUUCAACAGUUUUCUUUUUUAAUGAAACCAAAAAAUUUAUUCAACUUCAAAGGCAAAGGCGAAAUUUACAAAGAAAACAUUCCACAUCAGAUUGUAAUUGUUUGGGAGAAGCUUGUUUGGGGACUCAAACAAUUUAG